GAAAGUCAAUAAUGGGCUGGAUCAAACAGGUGCAGAUAAUUUCAAUGGGGUUGAAAAACAUUUUGACGUUUCUUUGAUAGAAUGAAAUUGGCUGCUCUAAAAUCAAAUCCACACAAAUCUAAUGUGCGUGUUAUUAUUACUACUUUCUAUAUUUCAAAUUCCCAGUAGGAAACAUGGAAUAUCAAGAAUGUUUAAGAAAUAAGUUAACGUACUUUCACUACCAUCUACAUUCCGACUUUGGAGUAGUGAUUAAGGUGGCCACGUGCAUUGCAUUCGGCGCCGUGUGCGGUUGGAUAAUGAGCCUGCUUACAUUCAUUGUUUACAAGGUGGCACUUCGCCUAGGAGUCAAGCCCAACCCAAAUUACCACGAUGCGGACGAUGAUCUCGACCUGGAUGCGGAUAAUGGGUAUGACCUUAUGCUGCCGGAAAGCCAGGAGUUUGGUGAUUGGCUUGUGGGAAUGAGAAGGCAGCAUCUUUAGUGGACAUACCGAUAGAUCUCGAUCAAUUACUCCACAUCAGAGAGAGAUUUCCAAAUAUACUUACUCUCUUUUCUAGACAUUGCCUUGGCCGCCAUCUAUGCAAGAUUAUUUACGAAGAAAAUAUCUUCUAAACCAUAGCUUAUAACUAUGUACAUAUAUAUUUCAAUAAAAAGCGCAUAAGCUCUACGCGCGAUAGCGAA